CGUUACAACACACACUUAAAAUGACAAUUGUACACAAUUUCAUUGUGUUUGCCUUGUGCUCCAUCAUUUAUCAAGGCAGUGUUUCCGCCCAGACGCCAAUAUGGCCUAUUCCGACCAGCUGUCCCGCAACAAGCCCUCUAACAUACACCGUUCACCUCCAGCAUGAUACCGAUUGUACGAAAUUUUAUAAAUGCGACCAUGGAAAGAAAAUUCUGUUCUCCUGCCCCUCUGGACUACAUUUUCAUCCGCUAUUCCAAGUGUGCGACUGGCCGGCAAACGUUGGCUGCACCCAUGUUCCAACUCCAAGCCCAACAACCCCAAGCACCACAACUCCCACACCAACUACUCCUUCCGUAGAUCCAGGUUGCCCAUUCCCUGGCCCCCUCAACUACACAGUCCAUUUGCCACACGCCACCGACUGUACGAAAUUCUACAAGUGUGACAAUGGCAAGAAAGUUGAAUUCGAUUGCCCGUCUGGACUGCACUUCAACCCAGUCUUGGAAGUUUGUGAUUGGCCAGCAGCUGCUGGAUGUGGGACUACAACCCCAACACCUAAACCAACUCCAAGCCCAACAACUCCUUCCGUAGAUCCAGGUUGCCCGUUCCCUGGCCCUCUCAACCACACAGUCCAUUUGCCACACGCCACUGACUGUACGAAAUUCUACAAGUGUGACAAUGGCAAGAAAGUUGAAUUCGAUUGCCCGUCUGGACUGCACUUCAACCCAGUCUUGGAAGUUUGUGAUUGGCCAGCAGCUGCUGGAUGUGGGACUACAACCCCAACACCUAAACCAACUCCAAGCCCAACAACUCCUUCCGUAGAUCCAGGUUGCCCAUUCCCUGGCCCCCUCAACUACACAGUCCAUUUGCCACACGCCACUGACUGUACGAAAUUCUACAAGUGUGACAAUGGCAAGAAAGUUGAAUUCGAUUGCCCGUCUGGACUGCACUUCAACCCAGUCUUGGAAGUUUGUGAUUGGCCAGCAGCUGCUGGAUGUGGGACUACAACCCCAACACCUAAACCAACUCCAAGCCCAACAACUCCUUCCGUAGAUCCAGGUUGCCCGUUCCCUGGCCCUCUCAACCACACAGUCCAUUUGCCACACGCCACUGACUGUACGAAAUUCUACAAGUGUGACAAUGGCAAGAAAGUUGAAUUCGAUUGCCCGUCUGGACUGCACUUCAACCCAGUCUUGGAAGUUUGUGAUUGGCCAGCAGCUGCUGGAUGUGGGACUACAACCCCAACACCUAAACCAACUCCAAGCCCAACAACUCCUUCCGUAGAUCCAGGUUGCCCGUUCCCUGGCCCUCUCAACCACACAGUCCAUUUGCCACACGCCACUGACUGUACGAAAUUCUACAAGUGUGACAAUGGCAAGAAAGUUGAAUUCGAUUGCCCGUCUGGACUGCACUUCAACCCAGUCUUGGAAGUUUGUGAUUGGCCAGCAGCUGCUGGAUGUGGGACUACAACCCCAACACCUAAACCAACUCCAAGCCCAACAACUCCUUCCGUAGAUCCAGGUUGCCCGUUCCCUGGCCCUCUCAACCACACAGUCCAUUUGCCACACGCCACUGACUGUACGAAAUUCUACAAGUGUGACAAUGGCAAGAAAGUUGAAUUCGAUUGCCCGUCUGGACUGCACUUCAACCCAGUCUUGGAAGUCUGUGAUUGGCCAGCAGCUGCUGGAUGUGGGACUACAACCCCAACACCUAAACCAACUCCAAGCCCAACAACUCCUUCCGUAGAUCCAGGUUGCCCAUUCCCUGGCCCUCUCAACUACACAGUCCAUUUGCCACACGCCACUGACUGUACAAAAUUCUACAAGUGUGACAAUGGCAAGAAAGUUGAAUUCGAUUGCCCGUCUGGAAUGCACUUCAACCCAGUCUUGGAAGUUUGUGAUUGGCCAGGAUCUGCUGGAUGUGGGACUACACCCCCAACUCCUAGACCAACUCCUAGCACAACUACUCCUGCAAGUAGCAAAUGCGCAACAGCCCCGCACAACUACCACAUUCCACAUGCUACCGAUUGUACAAAAUUCUACAAAUGUGAUCAUGGUAUACCAGUUGAAUUCGACUGUCCACCUGGGCUCCAUUUCAAUGCGAGGUACCAAGUGUGUGAUUGGCCAGCCAGUGCUGGAUGUUAAAGCAAUCCGUUAAAAAGCAUUAAUAAAAGCUAAAUUAAAAGUCAA